AUGAAACAUAGUAUACUCAUCUCCUUGGUCGCCUCCUGGGGUUUAACAGCCUCCGCUUCCAACCAUGCAACUCCGAAAUGCCGUCAAGUUUCUGGCGAUAUCUUGUUCAACGACCAAUUCCAGCUCUACCCAUCGUUCUUUCAGUGGGAUGAUCAGCGCUGCGUUCUGUAUCUCAGCUCAAUCUACAACGCCAGUAUCGCCGUCUGGGACCCCUACAGCUCUUCACUAGAGCGAAUUAUUUCUAUCCCUGGAAUAACCCACAGCCUAGACAAAAGACUCUCCGGGACUAUUAUAGACCCCACAAACAACGUGUUGUCUGCGGUCGUAGAGGCCGCUUCAUUCUUUACAAGCGCGGGAAACGAUGUCAGUGGCGAUAACUUUGUUGUCAAAGUCGAUCUGAACACAUUUGAGACAAAGAAGAUUAACCUGACGGCUGUCACCAAGGGCCAGUACGGGGCGUUUCUCGAUAUCGAUAAUGGCCUUGAUGGAGAUCUUUAUGUUAAUGGCGCUUAUCCUUCCAGUAUCCUUCACGUUGACUGCGAAGACAAGGUCUCCCCUUUAUACGUCCGGGAACCAACCACUCCUCCGCGCUCUUUUGGCUUUGGAGGCGUGGUUCGCGUCGGUCACGAUCUCAUAGCCAGCGAUAACACCAACCAUCAGCUCGUCAAAUUCGCCAUUCACAGUGGUCAUCACUUACCAGUUGUUAUCCCACAGACAAACUAUCACAAUUUCUCCGGUGGAAGUUCCCUCAGCCUUCCUGACCGAUACGGCGGAAAGGUUAUGUUGAUGGCAGAAGAUGUCAUUGAUAAGAACACAUCUGGGGUCUCUGUGUUUAGCUCAAAGGAUAACUGGAAAACAGCCAGGUUCGUUGGCUUUAUUGAGAGUGUUGACAGGAAGUUGUACCCUGCUUCUGGGGCUCUGAGUCAAACUUCUGCGCAUGAGCUUGGCGAGCGGAUUUAUUCGAGCGUGCUGUUCUACGACAACAAGGUGAACCCGACGAUGGGGGGCAAUCGGAGUGACUUUGCGUUGCGGGAUAUCACGGAUUCGGUCGACUCUCUGCUGAAGACAAAUGGGUUCCGUAUAUAG